AUGUUGAUGAAAAUUCAGGCGAAUCUGCUCAGCAUGCCAUGUGGUGUCCCAUCAGCACGCUGGAUAGUGAAUUUUGACCUGGACUUGACAGAUGGACUGGUGCUAGCCGCUCUGCUUGCGGACUACUGCCCGUUUCUGAUCUCCAGCCUUCGGAGGAUGUACACCACAACCAACAGCCUGGAACAGAUCCUUCACAACAACAUCAUAGUAGCCCAGGCUUUAACAGCACUCUCUCUCAACCUAGAUGUUCAGCCCACAGAUUUGUCAGACCCUAAUCCAGUACAGAUGUUAAUCCUGUGUGUUCACCUGUAUGAGAGGUUGCCUCAGUACCUGCCACUGCAGACCAUCACUCUUUCAGGAGGCCUGCACAGCACUUUCAGCAAACAGGUGCGUCUCAGAAGCCGAUCAUCUGAGCCAAUCAAAUACCAGGUCUACAUUUUAGGAGAGGAUGCCCAUCUCUUCUCCCUCCCUAAUGGAUCUUCUGUCACCAUUCCUCCAAAGGCUAGCACUGAACUGGCCGUGCAGUUCAGCUGCUCCGUCUUUCAGCCGAUGGAGGCCGUCCUCCUGCUCAUCUCUAGCUCUCCUUCUGGCCUGAGCAGCACCACCCUCGCCUUCAAUCUGAAGACCCACGUCAGCCAUAUCACACCCACAAACACUGUGAAGUGCAAGUCUCCAUGCUACCAGCAGAAAGUGAUCCAAGUGCCCAUAAAUAACCCUUUCAAAAAAGAAGCUACGUUCAGGGUGGGGCUGGUGGAGUCUCUAUUCAACCCUGUGGAGCCUGAAAAGAAGAAAAACAGCCCUGUUCAAAAAGCAUCCUCUAAUACCAAUAUAAAGAAGAUGACUUCAGACAAGAGCUGCGGGGAUGAGAUGGAAGGGAAGGGUUCAGACUUCAGUGGUGAAUGCAGUGAAUUCCUGAGUGCAGUGAGGAGUGUUUGUCUGAAGCCAGGCCAAGCAGACACUCUGAACAUCCACUACCUGCCCUUCUUCCCGGGCACCAAGUACUGCUCCGUGCUGCUGGGUUGCCCACAGGUGGGAGAUAUGGUGUACAUGGUGAAGGCCACAGCAGAGUUGCCUCUUCCCUCCCCUCUUACCGCUAGGCCCAGUGCUAACAUAGUCUCCAUCCCCAGCAACUCCGACCCAGCUGUGUUAGUAUCAAUACUCAGCCUACACUGCAAAGUGGGCCAGGUGUGUGAGGAGUUGCUGCGUGUGCCUCUGAUCAAUAUGGCUCGGGAGCAAGCUCUGGCUCUCUGGGGUCAGCGCAGCAUGACCGCUGAUGAAUACAGGAGACGCAUGAUUACACACACUCUGCAUAGCAGCACCGUGAAGGCGACCACUGCUGCCCAACUCUUCAGAGGUGUUUACCAAGGUGAAGAAGUGGAAUACAGCGUGGAGGUUUCUUUGCCACAGAAAUUUGCUUUACCCAGUACCGUUACAGUACCUGUAAGAGAAGAAACCAGAACCCCAUGGGAGAAUCCUGCAGAUUGUGGCUGUGUGGACAUCCCAGUACGUUUCCAGGCGGACUGCGUGGGCCAGUUUACCUGUCAGGUGAUCCUGAGGUCCUGGUGUGAUACCAGGGUCUAUGUUCUUGAAGCACAGGUUACUUCACAGGGAGGAUCCGUCCACUUGGGACUUUCAGAUCACCUGCUCACCGUUCAGUCACACAAGACAUAA